UGGGAGUUAACUAAUUGUGACAAUUUCCGCUGUUGGGUCACUCUAUUGGAACCAACAAUUAACGAUUCUAUUGAAAUCAGGUUUCUAUUUCAUUCUUUUAGUUAAAUGCUAACAAACCAUUUAGUUAAUUUGUUUUCGAUUUUUACCUCAAAAAUGAUUGACCAACAAUCAACUUAAUUAAUGACAAUCCCGUGUGAUUUAGCUCAAUUUAUUAAUUGCAUCUUGUAAGUUAUCAAUUCUAAUUGUGAAAAGUUUAAAAUGGAAACAAUUAAAAAUAGUUUUUCUAAUCUUGUUCGCAAUUCAAUUAAUUUUUCGUUGCAAUUAUUUUAUCUGUGAUUAAUUAGUAAUUAAUUUGACUUUUUGUUAAUUAUUCUCAUCUUUAAUCAAUUGAGAUUGAUUUUCUCAAUCAAUUCUUAAUUUAAAACUCAUUGGUUACCUUAACCUCGUCUAAUUGUGAACGGAUAUGAGACCUUGAUUGUGAUUUGGAUCAAUGUUAUAGUUGUAAUGUUUAUCUAAAUUGUUGGUACAAUUAGAAGUGAAAAACGACUGAAUCAACUAAUUGAGUUAUAUCGUGUUUCUAAUUGUUACAUUGAUUUUCAUUAGCUUUGAAAUGUUUACAAUUAACUUGAUAAUCUCUAUGUAAAUCUACGUAAACUCUCAUCUUUAAUUGUCAAUGUCAUUUACUAAUUAUUUCAGUUUGCAAAUCGUCCAAGCGGACAAAUUUAUUUUCCUUGUUACUUUAAUCACGCUCCUGGAACCAACUAAAUCAACUAAUUAUUAUGAUUUUCUUGAAAAUCCAAUUCAAGGCUGUGCGAUACUUGGCUAUCCAAAGGCCACUUUAAAUGAGUGCGGCUAUUGUGUCGGUAAUGGGACUGGACUUAAUGAGGAUUAUGGCAAAGAUUGUCUUGGUAUCUGUCAUGGUUCCGCCAUUGUGGACUGCAAAAAUGUCUGUAAUGGGUCAGCUUAUCGAGAUGAAUGUUCAGGCCAAUGUUUAGACGAAUCCUCUGGUCAAUCAGAAUCAGCUCGAGAUUGUCGAGGUGAAUGUAUCGCACCGAAUUUAUCGUCCGCACAAUUACCUUAUCGAUUAGAUGAUUGUGGAUAUUGUCGACUUUUAGUAAGCGAAUCAACGGCUUCUUCUUAUGCCGAUUGCUCUAAGCAAUGUCAUCCUCCUGGUCUAUCAACGUCUCGGUCAGUUUGUGGUCAUUGUAUUGGUCCAACUUCUAAUUUAACGGAAGAAGAUGUGAAAGAUGAAUGUGGAAAUUGUCUUCAAGAUAAAGCUUAUUGUUCAUGUAGUAGAGAUCCGAAGCUAUGUGGAUGUGACAAUGUUGACGUUUGCUACAAGAUCAGGUCAAUCGAGCCAAAAUUAAUCGAAAAGGAAUCAGAAAAUCAGAUUCUGUUAAUUGGUUACUUCCAGCCAGUGACAAGUGAUCUUGAUUGUGUUUACCGCCAUGAAUCAAGUGAUGAAGAUGCUUAUUCGCCAAUAUUUUUCAUACCAAACAACAAAACUUCAGUUUAUUGUUCAAUUUACCCUCUAAUUGAAGGGAUUUAUACGAUUGGAUUAAGAUCGAGAAGUGGAAAUCUCAACUUACCUGAUUCUCCUUCAAAUAAGGUCUUUGCAUUUGAUAAAAUCAAAGCUCGUAUAACAGGUAUGCAACCAUUGGAAAUACUAACAACUCAAUUUACUGAGGACAUUGAGCUGACCUUUGAUGGACCAAGUUUAUCAACGAUUCCUAAUCUCAAUUUAAUCUGUUUGGUUGGUAAAUCUGAUUCAGAUGAAAGAGAUUCAAAUGAAGUUUAUGAAUCGGAAUCAAGUUUGAUUGUCACUGGGACGAAGCCUUAUAGUUGUAAACUUCCUAAACAUUUAGCAUCUUCAUCAAAUUCACUUUUAAUUACUCCAACAAUUGAUGGUAUUCAUCCUUUAUCAUCGCCAUUUACAUUCACCUUAAUUUCACCAGCGCCAACGAUUUCUCAUGCGAAUUGUUUCAUUUCAUCUGAUGGUCUUGCAAUGGUCAUCAUGUUCAGUCGUCCAAUCGACGUUUUCUCAUCUCAAGAAAUGAAUUCAAUUGGUUCUCAUCUAUGUGAUCAUAUAUUAGCUGAGGAAAGUUCAGAUAAAUUGUCUAAAUAUAAGCGACUUUAUUGUGUUUGGUCAAGUAAAGUACAAUUGGUCAUAUACUUGCAGAAACCAAUGGAAGAAAAUGUUUUUGAAUUAAUAUUGAGAAAAGGGAUUUUCAAAGAGGAUUCAGCAAAUAUCGCGCUGGUUAAUGACGAACCAAUUAAAAUUAUCUUGCGAAAAUUAACAACCGAAUGGUGGGUUUAUACACCGAGAUUGGUGAUUACUGGACCGUCGGAAGUUCCUAGAUGUGGAUUAUUCUCAUUAUCUGGACACUAUUCUUCACCCAAAGGUACAACUGGACUUACGUUCAAAUGGUCAGUGACUCGAGAUAAUAAAGGUUCAUCUUUGGAUUCUGAUGAUUCAAUUUCUGAAGAAUUAGCUCAUUUGAUUAGUACAACUUCCUCUCAAAAUCUUGCUUUGGAUGCUGUUCUUUUCGAACCUGGUGUCGGGUACCAGUUCACAUUGACCGCCGAAGCUGAAGAUGGAAUUGGUUCAUUAACUGCUACACAUCGAUUGAUUCGAUUUAAUUACGAUGCACCGAUCGUCAGCAUUUACUCGAACAUCAUGUUACCAGCUGAGCCUUAUUCAGUCGAUACAACAGCGAUUUUUUGGGCUGAGGCUUAUAUUCCAACCUGUGUAAACCCUUUUCAACGGGUCGGUUUAUUUUGGAAGGUCGCUGAUCCUCAGGUUAAAUUUAACUUCACACUUACUUACCUUUCUGUCUACAUCUUGAGUCCAUUUUCACUUCCACCAAAUCAUCCGGUCACAUUUUACCUCAGCGCUUUUCUUGGCCAUCGAAUUAAUGAGACGAGCGGUGCCGCUUUCUCAUUAGUCGGUCAACAAUCACCUCUUCGUGCUUUAAUUUCUGGAGGAUCACCAAUGAUGGCUUUCGGACAUCAAUCAGGUCCAAUCACGAUUUCUGGCCUCUCUUCUGGCGAUGGAACUAAAAAACCCAUUACUUAUCAUUGGAACUGCUUGGACAGUGAUACGCACGAACCUUGUUUCUUUAAUUUCGCUUCAUUACCUGAUAAUGAUUUGGAAACUGUAUCAAGUCGUAAUUAUCUUUUAAUCAAUCAAUCAAUGCAAAAAGAAUCAAGUCUCACACUCGAUUCGUCAAAUUUUCUACCAAACAAAGAGCUCAUUCUAAGUCUUCAGGUUUACGAUAGAAAUGAUACAAGUCGAGUCUCUGAUCCCGAAUUAGCGUUAAUCAAGAUCACAGAAGGCGAUGCACCUCAAGUGACCAUUGGUUCAAUUUACAUUCGCCGUAAGUACCGGGCCAAUCUUCGUAGUCCUCACAAUUUAGCAAUCAUGGUGCCAGCUCAUAAUCCACUACUAAUCAAAGGAACAGUUAAAUCAUCGGGACCAUUAAGUUACUUGGGUUGGGAGGCAAAUAACUUCAUUCAUCCUCUCAACUGGAAUACAAGGAGAGGAGCAAAUGGUGAAAUUCAAACUGAAUUACACAUUCAUUCAGAUCAUAUUUAUCCCUACGGUUUACAUGUAUUCAAAUUAAAAGCUUGUAACCCGAACAAUCAAUGUUCAGAAGCGUCGACACAAUUUACUGCUUCUCAAGGAGUAACUCAAUGUUCAAUCACAGUCCCUGCUUAUUAUGAAUAUGAAUUAGUGACGAUUUCAGUUGAGAAGUGUAAUAUUCCUCCAGGCUAUGGACCUUUGGUUUAUCAGCUCUAUGGGAUUAAUGAUGAGACGGAGGAAUUGUUUCCAAUCACAGUACCACAAUUUUCAAACGUCUUCAUUUUCCCAGGUUUACCUGCAAUCGAUUCUGAACAUACUGAGAAUACUUUUGCGCUUAAAUUUUGCGACAUUUUCAAUUAUUGUGAUUUCGUCUUCGCCAAUCCAACAAUCGUCUAUCCAAAUGAAAAUAAAACCUCAUUAAUUGCUGAUUUACUUAAAUUGGCUCAGAAAUAUAACAUUGGUGGUGAUCCUUUUCAUGCCCUCGAAUCUGUUGGUGUUAUUUUAAAGGAACCAAAUUUAGAUAAUUCAAUAAUGCACAAAGCGAUGACCGAUGCUAUUGAAUAUAAUCUCGGUGUCCUUCAACGUCCAUCACAGUUACUCAAUCGGGGGCAGAUCUCGUUAUCGUUUGGUAUAUUGUCCGAGUUUAUCAAAAAAUCAGAGAAUAAUUUGCAAAGGCAAAGGGCAAUGGAUUCGAUUCGUCGAUUGGCUGAAAAAGCUUAUUCACUCGAGAUGUUACCUGAUUUGAUGGCGAUUAGAUCGACACUUUUCAAUUUAAUGUUCCCUUACAGCCGAGGCAAUGAGUUGAUUGUCGAGGCAAACGAUUUACCGAAAACUUUGAAAUCGAGUAGACAAGCAUUUAAUGUGCUUUUGCAAAUGGCCGCUGCUCAACUUCCUCUUGGAAAAAGAGUUGAAUUUGGGACUUACAACGAAUAUCCAAUAGACGAAGAUGGUGAAGCCGAUAAACAAGAGAGGAUUUUCAAAACAAUUAUGGUUCAUGACAAGAAAAUUGAAGGAACACAUUUGAAAAUUGGUGAUAUCGAAGCGACAAUUAAAAUCGGUACAUCAAUUAAGAAGCGAUUCUCUGGUCCUUGGAGAUGUUCAGAGACAAAGUCCAAUUCUCUUUGUAAUUCAGUUGUUUAUUCUUACACAAUAUUCCCCGUUUCUGGUCCAUUUCCUGAGGUAUCGGACGGACAUCGAAUUGCUCCGAUAUUAGUUUUAAAUGUCUUCGCUCCAGGCUCCGGGAGAUUACAGACAAUUAAGGGAGGUUUAAAUGCCGUUGAAAUGACCUUUACUUAUACGGGUAAUCGCACCUAUGGUCAAGAUUACUUGACCAAAUGCAAAUCCUGGUCUGAUUCUAAAGAUUCUUGGAGACCUGAUGGUGUUCAUUUGUUACGAAUUUCACCAGAACGUAUUUCAUGUUGGUCUGGAUUCAUCGCUCCAUUUACCAUCUAUCGGGUGCCUCAGCGAUGGAACGUCAGUGCAGUGGUCUCAAUGGUUCUCGGGGGGUUACUUUUCUUCAUUAUCGUUAGUUUCACUAUGAUUAUCUGUUCUAAAAGUUCAUCUUCGAUUCGUUCAUCAUCACAACGACUCGUCGCUGACCCUCGACGAGAUCAAAUUAACGAAUCACGAAUGUUAAGACCAAUGACUGAAUAA